GGUGAAAGGGCCACUACCAUUACUCUUCUUACUGUGUAGUGUGUAGUCUUCCCUACCCUUCAGUGAAGACACUGUGUACUGUUUAGUCUUCCCUACCCUUCAGUUUAGUCCUCAGUGUUCACUUGGAAAUUGGAAUCCACUUACUUUUUGAUCUUCUGCAUUUUACUUGAAUUCAAAAUAGUCAAUGUUAAUCUGCCAUUUCUCUAUCCAUCUCUGCAACAGCUCUUCAAUAGUCAAGUUUGUUACCUGCUAGAGAGCCCAGAAAAGAAGAACAGGAAAGACUCAGAAAGAAAGGGUGAGGAAGAAAACAUGGGCAGUCUCUGUCUUUCCUUGUCUACUCUAGUUUUGAUGAUGCUUACAGCUUCGGAGCUGUUGUUGAGAGGGGAUUCGAAAACGUAUUGGGGAGAUGUAAAGGGUUUGAAAAAGCUGAAGAAGGGGUUUGACUCUGGGUCAGUGACUCCUGGAUCUUGUUUGAGUUCAUGGGAUUUCUCUGUCGACCCAUGUGACCACAUCUUCUCCGAUCGCUUCACCUGUGGCUUUCGAUGCGACCUCAACAUUUCCGGCAUCAGCCGUGUCACCGAGGUCAGCCUUGACCAAGCUGGCUACACUGGUUCCCUCUCCUUCUCCGCCUGUAACUACCUCCCGUACUUGGAAACCCUCGACCUUGCUGACAAUUCCUUGGCCGGUUCUAUCCCCACCUCCCUCUCCAACCUCACGCGUCUCCGCCGUCUGGGUCUCUCUGGGAACUUCUUCUCCGGUGAGAUACCAACCUCCAUUGGUUCUCUCUUUGCUCUGGAGGAGCUCUACCUCGACCAUAACCAGCUUCAGGGCUCAAUCCCGGCGAGCUUCAAGGGUCUGUCUAGCCUCAAAAGACUAGAGCUUCAGGGGAACAAACUCUCUGGCGAGUUCCCCGAUCUGGGUCCCCUCAAGAACCUCACUUUCUUGGAUGCCAGCGACAAUGCAAUCUCUGGUGGAGUUCCGGUGGGUUUGCCAGGUUCCCUGAUUGAGAUCUCCAUGAGGAAUAACAGUCUGGACGGAAAUCUCACGGAGAAAAUCGGCGAUUUGGGGUUUCUGCAAGUGAUGGAUCUAAGCCAUAACCAAUUAUCGGGUACUGUUUCAUCAAUUUUGUUCCAACACCCAUCUCUGCAACAGCUCACUCUGUCCUACAAUCAGCUGUCAUCGAUUCAGGUCCCCAGCGACAUGGGUGCCAUGAGCGAGCUGGUAGCCCUGGAUCUGAGCUACAACCAGCUUCAAGGGUUAUUGCCGGCAUUCAUGGCGAUGAUGCCAAAGCUAUCGGCUCUUUCGUUGGAGAAGAACAAGUUCACGGGGAUGAUACCGUCUCAGUACGCACUGAAAGUGGCGGUUCCGAGUGAGGGAACCUCCUCAUUUGCAAGGUUGUUGCUUGGGGGAAACUACUUGUUUGGUCCAAUUCCAGGUCCAUUAAUAGCGAUGAAACCGGGUAGUGCGAAUGUAAGCCUGGUAGAUAACUGCUUGUAUAGAUGCCCGGAGACGUUCUUCUUCUGUCAAGGUGGAGUGCAGAAGUCAUCAGUGGCGUGUAAGAGCUUUGGUCCUGUAAUUCCUUGAAACUUGAAGAUGCCAAACAUCAUGAAAUGUUGAGAGAUUCAUUCUCUUUCUCAUGGAGGUUUUCAUCUGAUCUUUUAGUGAAUAGUAUUUCUUAGUUACUGUUAA